CUUGCCUCGGUCCUACCACUCGCCGGAGUUUCUGUCCGGAUACGCUAACACCACGCGAAACACGAACGCGUCGUCGCCGAGUUUACAUUCUCCUCGGCCGCUCGGCUCGGACGUGUUGAUAUAUACAUGCCAACCGGUCCCCUCGGUUCCACCAGGAAGGGUUAUCCACUAUCAUCGAAACCAUCAUGCAUUUCGAAACGUCACCAAGCACCUCGCCAGCCAAGUCACUACCCAUUGCCAUCAGGCCCAUGGCAUCCCCAACAAGCUCCCUUCACAGCAACUGGUCCCAGGACAUCGCAGUGACAGGUCAAGGGUCCACCUGUGCCUACCCGUCGUGGCCCACCGGAAAGUCACUUGGGUUCCGAUCACCACCAAGCUCCUACAUCAGCGAUGCCGACCUCUUCGGCGAGGGUGACGACGACUGCGAGGGCCCAUUCCUAGAUGAGGCACCGGCUCCACCUCGUGUACCGCCCAUGGCUCAGGCGUUCCCCAUCCUGCCACCUCUCUACGUUGCGGAGAAACCCAAGAAGCAACAGCGAAGGCGUAGCAGCGGCCGCAAGUCUAGGCGCAGCUCCAAGCCUAUGUCGCCCAUUGCCGAAUCCGUCGAGGUCGUUGAAUGAGGAGUCCAACCCAUCCUAAGAUGCUACCGCACACGCGUUGAACUCAGCACGCCGCGUACA